AUUCAGUCACAUGGUGCCAAGUCAUUACCAAACACUGAAUUUAGGUAUUUUUAUUCAGCCACUCUAUUAAGGAGCGGAAGGAACUGUACACAUGGACUUGAUCAUGUUUCUCAUUAAGAGAACAUGUUCAAAUAAUUAGCGCAGCGUCAUCCCACUGCUAUAAAAACAGAGGUAAACUGGAACAGGGGAACAAAAGAGUGAGAAGGAAACCAAGAGAAGACAAAUAAACAUCAAAGAGAAAGAGAUAGAGAGAGAGAGAGAUGGCUCACAGGACCAAAGGAAGCAAACUCUUCAUCACAGUUCUCUAUGUGGUGACAUCAUGCAGCGCCGUCCCCAUCAGUGACCUGCUGGACCGCGCCUCUCAGCGCUCUGACAGGAUGCACUCACUCAGCAGAACCCUCACCCACGAGCUGGACUCUCAUUUUCCUCCCAUAGGUCGGAUGAUGAGCCCUCGUCCCUCAAUGUGCCACACCUCGUCUCUGCAGACACCCAGCGACAAGAUGCAAACGCUUCAAGUCUCUGAGUCCGACCUGUUGUCUCUGGCUCGCUCUCUGCUCCAAGCCUGGCUGGACCCUCUGGUGGUUCUGUCGGCCUCUGCCAGGACUCUGCCGCACCCGGCACAGAGCGCCAUAUCCAACAAGAUCCAGGAGCUGCAGGAGCACUCCAAGAACCUGGGAGACGGUCUGGAUAUCCUCUCUGGGAAGAUGGGUCCGGAAGCUCAGAACCUCUCCUUCCUUCCCUUCAGAGGAGGGAAUGAAAUCAGCCAGGACCGGAUUUCCAAAUUAGUCAACUUCCAUUUCCUGAUGUCCUGCUUUCGACGGGACUCCCACAAGAUUGACAGCUUCCUGAAAGUCCUUCGUUGCCGAGCAACGAUGCAACCUGAGUUGUGCUAAAGACAGCGGUGGUGGUGGUAUUGGUGGUGCUGGGCGGGGGGGGCAAACAGUUUGACUCUGGGGGGAGAUUAGACUUGCUACCAACAGCAUAUUCCAGGAAUCGACCAUCUGAGCUAAUGUCCUGGUUGCUCGGUAGCAGGUAUUACACGCUUUCAGCAGCUGGAGAUAAGGAGGAAGUUACAUGACACACACAGGAAAUCACAUCCUGUGUGAAGCAGAAAACACAGACGACACUAAACCAACCCCUGAUGAUUAGAUAUGAUGAAUAAAUAUUCUUAGUGACGGAACCCUUUCUUUCUAAAGUUGCCAAAGAAGCAAAAAGAGGUCGGGACAUUUCAGGUAGAAGUAAAUUUAAAGGCUGGCUCAUCACCAGAUGUUUCCAGCUGGACCGGUGUUAUCAUGUGACCACAUCGUGGUUAAUCUGUCCUGUGACUCCUCCUCCUCCUCCUCCUGAAAGCUGUGUCCUCCCAAAGUCAAGCUGCCGUAGGAUUGAUUGAUGCAAUACCACAAGGUUCUCUUCAUGUUGGGGAUCCGGGGCUGUUUGGAUAAUAACUUUCUCUUCCUAGCUUAUGUGACCGUUCGCUUUACUGACGACAAACUGCAGCAUUUGUACUUGAUACUUGCUCAAAGCAUUGUGAAUGCAAACUGAAAUAGUUCUGUAUGUCAAUAAAAAAUAAUCU